GCGAGAUCCUGUUGGUUCCGCAUUUCUGCUCAUCGAGCUGUUGGGAGGUAGCACGGAGGACUCCGCAGUCUGUGCUGGUUCGGGGCGGCUGGAACCCAGUACGAAACCCAAGCGGUGAAGCUUCGGCAGCCCUGUUGAGCCGCGGACCGUCCUCUGCUUCCCGGUGCCCGCGGCGGCGCCGAGUCUGACGGGGCGGGGGCCACGGCCCCUCGGGCUAGCAAGGAUGAGCUUCCUCUUCAGCAGCCGCUCUUCGAAAACAUUCAAACCAAAGAAGAAUAUUCCUGAAGGGUCCCAUCAGUAUGAACUCUUAAAACAUGCAGAGGCAACUCUCGGGAGUGGCAAUCUGAGGCAAGCUGUUAUGUUGCCGGAGGGAGAAGACCUCAAUGAGUGGAUCGCUGUUAAUACUGUGGAUUUCUUCAAUCAGAUCAACAUGCUGUAUGGAACCAUUACAGAGUUCUGCACUGAGGCAAGCUGCCCAGUCAUGUCAGCAGGUCCCAGGUAUGAAUACCACUGGGCAGAUGGCACUAAUAUUAAAAAGCCAAUUAAGUGUUCAGCACCAAAAUAUAUUGACUAUUUGAUGACUUGGGUUCAGGAUCAGCUUGAUGAUGAAACUCUUUUUCCUUCUAAGAUUGGUGUCCCAUUUCCCAAAAACUUUAUGUCUGUGGCAAAGACUAUUCUGAAGCGUCUCUUCAGGGUUUAUGCCCAUAUUUACCACCAGCACUUUGACUCCGUGAUGCAGCUGCAAGAGGAGGCCCACCUCAACACCUCCUUUAAGCACUUUAUUUUCUUUGUUCAGGAGUUUAAUCUGAUUGAUAGGCGUGAGUUGGCACCACUUCAGGAACUAAUUGAGAAGCUUGGAUCUAAAGACAGAUAAAUGCUGCUUCUUCUAGAACACAGUUACCCUCUCCCUCUAUCUACUGCUAGCACUCUCUCAUUGCUGUCUGGUAUGGACUAAGUGAUACUGACUACAAGAAACCAGGAUCAAAAGAUCCAUUGCGUCUGAAGAAAAAAUUGUUCCAAAGGUAGGUUGGCCAGAUAGCUUCAGAACAAUCCCAUGACACAGCUAAAUCAGAGGUGCUGUGUGGCCACCCUGUUACUGUUAAUGUCCUUCUUUGUUUUCACCUCAUGACUAACCUGUAGUUUGUUGCUGAGUUUUGUUCAAGAAAAUGAGUUUUUCCGUGGGACAACAUAAUGGACAUUAAGAAUUUUCAGCAGCAACUUAUUAGUGAGCUUCUAGAACAAAUGUCUUAACACAGAUGAGUUUGCUUUGUUUUACAAAUCA